AUGGGUGUCCUGGCUGAUGUUUUCAAAGGCCUCAGUGAUGCUGAAAAGAGAGGCAAACACCAGGUUCUUUUUAGGCUGUGCUCCACAGUCACCAUUCAGUUUCUAACGGUGGGGAUGAAACAUGGUUACAUUGGUGCAUUUGAAAUCAUCAAUGAUCAUCGAGCUGGGGAAACUGUUGUGAAUCUCAGAGGCAGGCUAAGUAAGCGUGGAGUGUCCAGCCCCAGAUUUGAUGUGCAACUCAAAGCUCUAGAACAAUGGCAGAAUAACCUGCUUCCUUUCCAUCAGUUUGGUUUCAUUGUAAUGACAACCUCAACCGGCAUCAUGGACCAUGAAGAAGUAGGACAAAAACACAGAGGAGAGGAAAUCCCUGGAUUCUUUUUCUAG